CAAGAUGCACUUUCCAGGUGAUUGAGGUCUACAAGGAUUAAGCAAGCAGAAACUCUUUAAUGGAAAUCAUACUCCUGCCCUAUUAUUUGUGCUCUCAAGGAUAUGGCAAAUGACUUUACAGCACCAGAUCUUAAGACAGAAGUACAAGAGGCUUCCAUCAACUCAGGAUUUUAAAGGGUCACAUCACUACCUGGAUAUAUGACAGAAGUACCUAGUAGAUUCUUCAGAAGAUGAAAGACCGCCUUCAAGAACUUAAACUGCGAGCAAAGGAACUGCAAUUAUUGGAAGAAAACAGCCACGUUCCUAGGGUUGUGUCAGAGGAACAAGCAGAGUUUGAACAAGCAGCUGUUAUUUUUGAAAGGGAGCCUGUAACAGAAAGGUAUCUAAAUGAAAUCCAGAAACUUCACAAUGAUAUCAACAAUUUGGCAGACAAUGUUCAACAGUUUAGUCAGCAACAGAAGAGCCUGGUAGCUUCCAUGCGAAGAUUCAGCAUUCUUAAAAAGGAAUGCAAUGUUACAAAAGAGAUAAAAAUUCAAGCAGAGCACAUUAGCAAAUGCUUGGAUGACUUGUCAAAAACUGUGAAAAAGGUAGAAAAAGUACACAGUUCAUCAUCUGCUGUUAUAAGGGUCCUUAGCUCUCAGCGAGCUGUCCUAUUCCGCCGUUUCCAAAAUAUCAUGUUUUUGUACAAUGAUGCUAUAACAGCCAAGCAAGAAAAAUGCAAGACCUUUAUCGUGCGUCAGCUUGAAGUGGCUGGAAAAGAGGUCUCCGAGGAAGAAGUUAACGAUAUGAUUUGCCAAGGAAAAUGGGAAAUUUUCAAUGAAAACCUGCUUACCGAGGUUAAGAUCACUAAAACUCAGUUAUCUGAGAUUGAACAAAGACACAAAGAACUGAUCAAUCUUGAGAACCAGGUGAAAGAUUUAAAGGACUUAUUUAUCCAAAUCUCACUUUUGGUAGAAGAACAAGGCGAAAUUAUCAACAGCAUUGAAAUGGAAGUAGUUAAUACACAAGACUAUGUUCAGACAACAAGAGAGAAGUUCAGACUAGCAGCCAAGUAUCGAAAGAAAAAUCCUUGUAGAGCAAUAUGCUGUUGGUGCUUCCCCUGCUGUACAUAAAGGUCUUUCAAGACAAUUCAUCUUACUCCAGCACCAGCAGCUCCCAUAUGCAUGUAAAAAACAUGUGAGGGAGAGAGUAACCAUGCUGCCCUAUCAGGCACAGAACUAUUCCACACAUACACAGUUUUUCUUCUUCCCUUCUCCCCUGAAAUUGUGUGCAUUGUAAAGCUGGAUAGGUGAGAAAGCACAAAUCAAAGAAACCAAAGAAAAGGGGAAAUGGGUUCUAUGAAGAGAUACCUCUGGGUAUUUGCUACUUGCAACCAUUUUAAAAAGCUAGCCAAGAACUCCUUUUAGGCAGUAAUGAAGAGUGGGAAUGGCCUAUAUUUUAAGUAUUUCUUAAAAUGUGAACAAGAUAGUGCUGGGAUUAAGAAGAAGUCACAGGUCACUAAUGAUGUUACAGCACUACUUAACUGGUACCUAUGAUAACGUUCCAUGCAGCACUCACCAUCCGAAUGGAGUCACUUUCAGGGAAUUUUUAUUCAGCAGCUUAGAGGGCAAGAAAAUUGCAGAACCACCAUAUGCUAUUUUAACGAGCUUAGCUAUACUAGUAACCACUGCCUAUUCCGUGCUGUGAAAACAGGCUGUCUGAAAAAACGGUGUUUGGAACAAUUUAUGACUAUGGUCAUGGGCUGACCAUUUCAGAAACGGCAACCUGUUUGAGAAUAGAAGCCACGUGGAAAUAUAUUAUAAGCUGCAAAAGAGAAUGUUGCAAACGUAACAUACAGUGAAAGCACAGAGCUGUUGUUCUAUGUAGUGCACCUUUUCUUCCAUGCCAUCUGUACAAAUUUUAAAAAUCACACCUUUAAAAGGAGAUAAGCUAUAUCAGAGAUCUCAGUUAAGAUAAUCAGCUAUAACAGAGGUCUCAGUCAAUGCACAUUGCACAGACCACACUGGUAGUUUGCUCACCAAUGUAAAUGCUGUUACAAAAAUAACCCAGAGUAAAUGCAUCAUGUAUUUUACCCAAAUUUGCAUGUGUCAGUCCAAAAGGGUAGAACUCCAGAAGCACAGCUGUUUUUGUUAAACAAAAAGAGGUAACACAGGAAGUAAAUUCGUUCUUAGGGAAGAGAGUUUAGAAGCAAGGUACAAUAAACAUAAAUUAAGGCUAUUUCGCAUAUUGCAUAAUGACAAAUAUACUAUCCAUGACGUGUAUAUAUGGAGGCCACUGUGACCAAUUCCAGUUCCCUGGCUAAGGCCUCGUAUAAUGUAAAAACAAAACAGUGUACAUAGACUGGGAGACUUUAGGUAUGCCCCAAAACUUUGACCUAUCCAGUGGAAUGCUUGACUUUCCCCCCCUUCAACACCCCCCCCCCCAGCCCUUGAAAGAAUGCUCAAGUAUACUUUUUUGAGCUUGUAGGCACCUUUGGAAUUCUGACAUGGGCUGGUGGGCACAAACACUAAAUGGCUGCUGCAGGAGGCAAAACUAACUACAAAAUGGCAGGGAGUGAGGUUACAACUCUUCAGGAUACCUUUUAAUCAGCACCCCCAGUCAGAUCUCCAGUGCCUAAUCAGAAGCUCUGUUGGAGCAAAACCCCACCUGGUCCCACCCACUUUCUAGAAACACUUGGUAGGUGGCAGGAAAGGUGUCAGCGGGCACGUUAGGGACCCCUGCCUUUAACUUAAAGAAUGCAGUUUUAUGGAAGACAGGAUAGGAGGGCUGCAAUAUAAGAAACACACGCUAAACAUUCCCCUUCAUGCAAAGAACUAAGUGUAAGAUUAUUUGAAUCCCAGCCUCAACAUUUCUGUGUGUGCAUGAAAGUUAGCUAUGAAACAGGAAAUAGCAUAAAAAUAUCUUUAAACAAAAGUCACUGCAAGACUGUUAUCAUCAGCUUGUAAAUACAUUUUGCCACUAAAUAAGGCAGAACACAGACCUCUUCCUAGAAAUUAAAAGUAAACAGCAAAAUUCAAAGAUCUCGCAUUGUUAUUUUGUUACCCUCUGUGACAGGCUGCUUUGUACGAAGGUGGCUUUCCUUGCAACCCAAAAAAGUCAAAGUAAUCAUAAUUAUUUGGAGGCAAACAGUUGUUUCGCCUGUGAGAAUUUUUAUGGUGUCAGCAACUUUAGCACUCUAUAGCUGUCAUAUUACCAUAUUUCACAAAUGCAAAUUUAAUUUCUUUA